AAAGUGCUUCCCAAGAGAGAGGGGGGUGAGGUAGCCGCGAGGGUGCAUCGAGAACACGGCCACGUUGGGCGGGACCUUACCCUGGGAAAACUCAUUCGUACGACGCAUUGGGCGGGAAUGCGCAAGGACAUCGACGAAGCGAUAGCUCAAUGUCGCAGAUGUUGUCAGUUCGGGCACCGCAUGCAAAAGUACCUCCUCAAGCCGGUAUUCGCCUUUCGACCAUUUGACACGGUCGCGAUGGAU